AUGUUAACUCAAAAAAUGGAAGUGUCUCAUUCAUUGACACUGAAUGAAGCUGCUUUGCAGCAACUUCCCGAUGAUAAGAAGCCACAUUUCAUUUUUGAAUGGCUUCGAUUUCUUGACAAAGUGCUAGUUGCUGCACAUAAGUCGGAUCUCAAAAGCUGUCAACAAAAAUUGGUAGCACAGUUAGUAAGCUUACUCCGUGAAAAUCUUGGGGCUCCAGCAAGGAGGCUUUUAGCUAGAUGUCUUGCUACACUGUUUAAUGUUGGUGAUACAUUCCUGCUAUUUGAUACAGUAAACAAAUGCAAUGAUAUAAUAAAAGUUAAAGAUGACUCACCUUCAUAUCUACCAACAAGACUCGCUGCUAUAUGCUGUUUAGGCAGUAUGUACGAAAAACUUGGUCGCAUGAUGGGUCGGUCUUACGAAGAAACAGUGACAACUCUGAUAAGGUCAAUGAAGAGCGCUGAAUCACAGACUCGGCUUGAGAUUAUGAAUACACUUGAUAAGAUAUGCGUGGGAAUGGGCACAGCGGCUGGCACAGCGCUGCGCGAAGUGUCCCGCGCGGCCCGCACGGCGCUGCUGAGCGAGCGCGCGGCCGCCGUGCGCGCGGCGGCGGCGCACGCGCUGCGGCACAUGCUGCCGCUGCUGCGCCUCACGCCGGCCGACGUGGACGCCACCGCCGCCGCCUGUCUGAGAGCUGUGCAGCCUAGUGAUUAUCAGCUGAGGUGCGCUGUUGCGGAACUCUUAGGUGCUUUGAUUGCGGCUACUCAAGCGGGAGAAACUACUAAUAUCAAUACAAAAACCAAACUAGGAAUGCAGCCAGUGCAACAGAACAAAAAAGAUCCACUUAAAAACGUGAUAUCGUUGGAUGAGGCUUUGAACUUAUUGAUGGGUGCUUUUUUGAGAGGAGGCACAUCGUUUUUGAAGGGAGAGAUUAUCAAAUCUGGCUCAGGAGUGAAUAGGGAAGUCCGUGUUUGUGUUACAAAUGCAUAUGUAGUCUUCGUGCAGAACAUGGGCGGUGUUUGGUUAGAGCGUAACAUGACCACUUUCCUCACCCAUGUCUUAGAUCUGGUUGCAAACCCUAAAGCAGCCAGUUCACAUGUCGAUGCUGUUUACUCUAGGAAAUGCAUUAGCUACAUCCUGAGGAACACGUUAGGUAAGAUGUUGGGGGAGAAGGCCCAAGCGUCGGCUUGUCGCGAGAUCAUACAAAUUGUGGCGAAACAAAUGAAUAGCAUUGACUUCAACCCGGAAAAUGCUAAAGACUGUAAUCAGGAAACUCUAUUCAGUCAACAUUUGCUGGUAUGCGCGUUAACAGAAGCGGGCGAACUCGCCCAGCAGCUGGGAACGGCCGUGCACAGUCUGGUCUCCGAUACGUCCCUUGGUGUGCUAGAUACUGUGUUCUCUGUGCUGGAGCACCCGUGCGUGGCGGCGCGGCUGGCGGCGGCGGCGUGCCUGCGCGGGCUGUGCGUGGCGCAGCCGGCGCUGCUGGCGCCGCUGCUGGACCGCGCCGGCGACGCGCUCGACGUGCCGCGCCCCACGCCGCACCGCAUCUCCGGUUAUUCCGCGGCCCUAGCAGCAAUAUUGGGUGCCGUGCAAUCCUCGCCCCUCGGCGUGCCGCACGGCAGGGGCAAGAUCGCGUUCAACGCGGCGGAGCAGCUGCUGCGCUCGGCCGGCCAGAGCAGCCGCCUCACCGCCGCGAGGACCAACGCUGGCUGGUUGAUCGUUGGCGCUAUUUGUACUUUGGGUGUACCGGUAGUGCGGGGCUUGUUGCCUCGUAUGCUGCUUCUGUGGAGGAAUAGUUUCCCGCGCUCAGUCAAAGAGCUGGAAUCGGAAAAAGCUCGAGGUGACGCUUUCACUUGGCAGGUAACAUUAGAAGGCCGAGCUGGAGCGCUCUCCGCAUUACACAGUCUUCUCAUACAUUGUCCAUCGUUGGUUAACAAUGAGGACACCGCUAAAAGAUUAACACAGCCCAUUGAGGGAGCCAUUGCUGUUCUUACCAAUGUGAGUACAGUGAUACGCAACUACGGCGGGUCGCUUAAAGCGCCGGCAGCGCUGCUCCGCCUGCGCCUGUACCAGGCGUGCGCCGCGCUGGGGGCGGCGUCCGCGCCCGCCGCGCCGCUGCUGCGCCUGCUGGCCGCCGAGCUGGCGGGCUCCGACCCUAGCGGUGCUAAUGUUGCUACUGGAAUGCUAAGAAGUGCAUUGCAUCCACGUGAUACUAUCCUUUUGGGUGAAGAAGGCUGGAUAUAUGAAACUGAUCAUGCGGAAAUAGAAGAACAAUUGAUAUCGCCGCUGAGCGCGAGCGGGUCGAGCGCGCUGGAGCACGACCCGUGCUGCCUGUACCGCGCGGCGCCCGGCGCGCCGCCGCUGGGCGUCGCCGUCAUCGACGCCUCCGUCGUGCUCUUCCCGCAGAUAUUUGCGCGGGCCGCCAACAAGCACAGACAACAAAUGCUAGAACACUUCGUAGAAUGCAUCAAAAUGUCGAAGGGAACACGCCAAGAGGCGAUACAAAUUAAUGUAUAUACGGCUUUGCUGCUGGCUCUGCGCACUUUAGCUGAAUUGAAAACUUCUUUGGGACAAGAGGCUGUUAAGACUAUUGCCACUGACCUUAUAAUUGCGGGUCUAUCAUCAAACAGCGCUACAGUGCGCGCCGCGGCGUCCUCCUGCGCGGGACGUCUCUGCAGCUGCAUCACGGAAGCGGAGAGUCAAGCGCUGAGCGAGCGCGUGAUAGCGCUGGCGCGCACCGCCGCCGGGCGGCCGGUGCGUGCGGCCGCCGCAGCCGCUGUGGGCGCUGUACAGCGCGCGCGCGGCGCUGCGUCCAGCGCUGCAGCGCUGCCGGUGCUUAGGGCCCUCGCGCAGGAUACUGCGGCUGUUGAAGUGCAGGUAUGGUCCCUCCACGCUCUCUCAGUCCUGGUAGACGCAUCAGGACCAAUGUUCCGAGGCCACGUGGAGUCCACCCUGAACCUCGUGCUGAAGUUGCUCUUCAGCGCACCGCCAUGUUCCGACGAGUUGCACCGCAGUAUUGGCCGGCUGCUCGCUGCUUUGAUUACUGUUGUGGGGCCCGAGUUGCAGUCAUGCGGCUGCAACGCAGUGGGGCGGUUCAUCUGCGCGUGCGCGGCGCUGCGCGAGCUGGGCGCGGGCGCGGGCGCGGCGGCCGACGCCACGGGCGGCCUGCAGCAGCUGCACAUGUUCGCGCCCACCCACAUCAACCUGCACGCGCUCGUGCCGCAGCUAUGUCGUGAUCUAUCGAGCCCGGAGCUGUCAGUGCGGCGCGCGGCGCUGUGCUGCCUCCGCCAGCUGUCGCAGAAGGACGCGGCGGACGUGUGCAAGUACGCGUUGCUGGCUAAGGAGCACGUGCCGCCCAAACCUUAUUGUGGUGUUCGAAUAACAGACACGGGUCUCCCGGGCGCGCUAUUUGCGUACCUAGACAUGGAACGCGAUGAGACCGCAUUAUCGCAUGCACGAGACACUCUCACUUGCUGCUUGCUGGCGGCCGCUGCUAACCGGUCUGUGAAGGACUGGCUCGUGUUGGCUAAGAAGGUGCUAACUGUGAGAUUAGAGGACAGUAGCAACACCGACACAGACUUCGACGCGGAAGGCGACGACGACCAGGCGGAGUUCCACGCGGAGAGCGAGCAGUCCACGCACCCGGCCAUACAGCCCAGGUGGCCUACUCGGGUAUUCGCCAUGGAAUGUAUUCAAAAGAUAAUGGGUGCUUGUGAAGCGACUGGGGAAAGCGAACACUUUGAUCUCGUUAAAGCUAAAGAAAAGUUGCAGACUGAUCCUAACGCGGACUACCUGUCGCUGCACCUGUCGGACCUGGUGCGCAUGGCGUUCGUGGGCGCCACGGGCGAGUCGGACGCGCUGCGCCUGUGCGGCCUGCGCACGCUGCAGCGCGUCAUCACGCAGUACGCGCGCGCGCCCGAGCCCGACUUCCCCGGCCAUCUGCUCAUGGAGCAGUACCAGGCGCAGGUGGGCGCGGCGGUGCGGCCCGCGUUCGCCGGCGACACGGCGUCGCACGUGACGGCGGCGGCGUGCGACGUGUGCUCCGCCUGGAUCGGCUGCGGCGUCGCCAGGGACAUCAACGAUCUGCGACGCGUCCAUCAAUUGCUGGUCUCUAGUUUGGAUAAACUGAACAAAAAAGGAAACACUACACUCAUCUAUAACGAGAGUAUGGCAACAUUGGAAAAACUAUCCAUUUUAAAAGCUUGGGCUGAGGUGUACAUAGUGGCAAUGGUCAGCAACGAUAGUGCGCCAGGCAGCUAUGUGAAGCAACUAGACACCAAACCCGUAAACAAUCGUGCCGAAUUAGCAAAAUGGCGUAAUCAACUUUUGCAAAAUAACAACGAAUUAGAUAACGCUAACACAGUAACUCCUGAAGACGAGGAAUACGGAGAGUUCGAGUCGAAAGGGGAGAGUUUGUUGAAGCUAGUUGAGCCGGAAUUGGAGAGUUUAGGAGAGAAUUGGUUGGCUGCGCUGAAGGAUCAUGCAUUAUUGAGUUUGCCGCCCGAGUUCGCGUCGCAACUGCCGCACGGGGGCGGCGCGUUCUACUCGGCGGAGACGGCGGAGGCGUCGCGGGCGCACUACGCGCGCGCCUGGCCCUCGCUGCUGUACGCGGCCGCGCUGCGCUUCAACGCUACCAUCGCGCACGACAGGGACGCAGGCGAAGAACUUGACAAUAACGUCGACAACAGAAGCCACAAGAAUGAGAAUGGAAAUUUUGAAUUUUUUGAACCAAUUGACGAAAAGUUUCAUCUUCUUUUUGGUAUUUGCAUGGAGGCGCUCUGUGCGCAACGCGAUAUGAGCGUGGAGAACACAAUAUCCGUGUUGCUGUCUUUAGUCACUCUACUUGAUGCUCCUGAAAAUAGAGCGAGAUUACUCAAAGACAGGGCAUUAGCUAUAGAGUUAUGUCAGAUCAUUCACCGCACCGGCCUCACGCAGGAGAGCAUAGAAGCGCUGCUGUUGGCCGCAGACGUGUUGCAGCUGGUCAUAGUGGCCGCUAGAGAUCAAUUACGUGCUGCCAUACAAGAAAAAAUCACAGAAUUAGCACCAAACGAAUCACCAGAAAAUAUACCUCAAUCAGUCCUCGAAGUGGUACACACGUUAGGGGAAGGUGGACCAACUGGGGAUUUGCCUCCGGGUAAAUCUCUAGUUUUCGCGUGUUUGGAAGUCUGUGUCUGCUUGCUUGUUAGAAGAUUACCAGAUCUCAGCCCUUUGAAGCAAGAGGGGAGGGUGGGGGUGAUUGGAGUAAGGAAGGGUUUGGGUGUUCACGGAGAUACAUUGUUGAUCAAGAGUCUGGCUUCUAUGUCUGAACUGACGACACUUACUAGCCCUCAAGGUGCGCUAUCAGUGCUGCCGACGAUCCUGUACCUGGGCACGGAGGUGCUGCGCUGUGGUGGGGGCGCGGCGGCGGACGCGGGCGUGCAGCUGCUGCAGGCGGCGGGCGCGUGCGCGGCGGCGCGCCUGCUGCCCGACACGCGCGCGCGCCACGCCGCGCUGCUGCAGGCCACGCUCGCCGCGCUCGUCGAGAGGGUCAAGGCUGAGGAGGGCGAGCACCGCAUCGACGCGGUGACGGGCGCGCGCGCCAUGGCGUGCGUGCUGGCGCGCGCCGCGCCCGCGCCGCCGCUGCACUACCCCGCCAUCAACCACUUCCGCCAGUGCCUCGACACCAGGGACAACGACGUGUUCGCGACGUGCUGCAGCGUGGUGCGCGGCGUGUGGGCGCGCGGCGCGCCGCCGCAGUGCGUGUCGUGGUGGGCGCGCGCGCUGGCGGCGCGGCUGGUGGCGCGCGCCGCCGCCGCGCGCCGCCCCGCCGACGCCGCGCACGCGCGCGCCGCCGUCGCCGCCGUCUCCGCGCUCGACGACCUGGUGGACGCCGCGCCCGACGCCGCGCAGGAUCCUCACAAAGGUAUACAAAUGCUGUGGAUUUUAGUGCCUAUAGUGAUAUCCUAUCUCCGCGAGGCCAGCGAGCUGACUCGCGCGCCGCCUCACGUACGCACUCUGCACGAGUUCGCGCUCAAUUGGCUUAUGAAGAUUGGACCUAAGUAUCCACAGGAAUUCAAAACCAUGAUGCAGCAAUCAUCAGAAUUGCGAACUAAACUGGAAAACGCGGUGAAGGCGAGUCAGGCGAGCCGCGCCCUCCGCCGGGCGCCUCCCACGCGACCCUCCUUCGAGACGCGCACCCCCAAACCCACUAUACAACUGAAGACCGACUUCAGUGACUUCAGG